CCCAAACAGAAUUGGAUCCCAUGGGUGACCAUCAAUGGUCAACACACGGACGCCAUGCAGAAGUUGGCUGAGAGUAACCUUUUGAAAUUGGUUUGCGAUUCAUAUCAGGGGUCACCAAAACCUGAACCUUGCCAAUCGGUGUAAAGCAAAUUGAAUUAAAUUCACUUUUAAUUUUUUCUAAAUUUUAAUAAAUACCAAGUAAAAUACUGUUAUGUUAAGUAUAAUGUAUAAUUUGAAAUAAAUAAAAUAAAUAAGUCAUCAUGUGAUAAA